CUUGCGCAACCGACGAAGAAGACGACUGCGGAUAUUACGGCAAUCUUGUGAAUAGAACAGAUAAACAAACAUGUCUUUUAUAUCAUUUUUAUUUGCUGUGUGUUGAUCGCGCCUCUGUUUCGUCGAUUUCUUUCGAGCAGAUCGCCUUCCUGUGCCAUUUGGGUCUAAAACAUUUUUUCGCAAAAGCUUAAGUUGACAGUUUUCUCUCCGACUCCAACUAGGGAGCUAAAUUGUUUGCUUCAUUCCAAAGACGACGGAUUGAAAUAUGGCGUGAACGAUGAGUGUUUUCAACCAACUUAUUCGGUUGUAGCCAAGGGUGUGUGUGAGCUGCCCCAAAAACACGAAGGGAAUCGAGGCGAGGGUGUUUGAUAGUGGUCAGUCGGACCUGAGGUAGAGCUGAGAUCUUCGCGAUGGCCUGGGCUUUGAAGUUACCGCUCGCUGAUGAGGUGAUCGAGUCCGGGCUCGUGCAGGACUUCGACGCGAGUCUGUCCGGCAUUGGGCAGGAGCUCGGAGCUGGAGCCUACAGUAUGAGUGAUGUACUGGCUCUUCCUAUCUUUAAGCAGGAAGAAUCCAAUCUGCCUCCUGACAGUGACAAUAAGAUUCUUCCUUUCCAGUAUGUUUUAUGUGCUGCCACAUCACCUGCUGUCAAACUGCAUGACGAGACGCUCACCUACCUCAACCAAGGACAGUCUUAUGAAAUUCGGAUGCUGGACAAUCGGAAAAUGGGUGAGCUUCCGGAGAUCACUGGCAAAAUGGUGAAGAGUAUCAUCCGCGUAGUGUUUCAUGACCGCAGGCUGCAGUACACGGAGCACCAGCAGCUGGAAGGCUGGCGCUGGAAUAGACCAGGUGACAGAAUCCUUGAUCUAGAUAUUCCUAUGUCUGUUGGAAUCGUGGAUCCCAGGGCAAACCCUACACAGCUCAACACAGUGGAAUUCCUGUGGGACCCCUCAAAGAGGACUUCAGCCUUCAUUCAGGUUCAUUGCAUCAGCACAGAGUUCACAAUGCGCAAGCAUGGUGGAGAGAAGGGAGUGCCGUUCCGCAUCCAAAUAGACACGUUCAAGGAGAAUGAAGCAGGAGAGUACACUGAACACUUGCACUCUGCCAGCUGCCAAAUCAAAGUCUUCAAGCCCAAAGGUGCUGACAGGAAGCAAAAGACAGACAGAGAAAAGAUGGAGAAGAGAGCACCUCAAGAAAAGGAAAAAUACCAGCCAUCCUAUGAAACUACCAUUCUUACUGAGUGCUCACCUUGGCCUGAGGUUACUUAUGUGAACAACUCUCCAUCACCAGGCUUCGGCAGCACCCACAACAGCUUCCCUGUUACUGAAGGGAAUGGAUCACCAAAUCACCAGCCAGAGCCAGUGGCACAGGUAGCAGAUUCCCUGGUGAAAUUAUUGCAGAAAACAAACAGAAGACAUUUUUCUGCAAAUAAUCUGUUGCCCACGGCAACACCACAGGAAUCUCAGCAGUGGCUCCAUAGAAACCGAUUUUCGCCAUUCUGCCGUCUCUUCACAAACUUCUCAGGGUCAGACCUGCUGAAGCUGACAAGGGAGGACGUCAUUCAGAUUUGUGGCCCGGCCGAUGGUAUACGACUGUUCAACGCACUGAAAGGAAGGGUCGUUCGCCCAAGACUCACUAUCUAUGUGUGCCAGGAGUCCCAGCAUGCCAGAGAACAGCAGCACAAACACGAGAACGGAGACGGCACCGGCAACACCUUUUUUGUUUACCAUGCAAUUUACCUGGAGGAGCUAACCGCUGUUGAACUGACUGAGAAGAUAGCCCAGCUUUUCAACAUCUCUCCACGCCAGAUCAGUCAGAUUUUCAAACAAGGACCUACGGGCAUUCAUGUGCUGGUCAGCGAUGAGAUGAUUCAGAACUUUCAAGAUGAGGUGUGUUUUGUCUUGGACACAAUGAAAGCGGAGACAAGUGAUGGAUAUCAUAUCAUCCUGAAGUGAGAAAGCAAAAUGGGGAACAGAGUCAUCCCCCGUUUUCCAUCAGAUUAAACCUCCCCUGUCAGUACGCCCACCCACAGCUCCCUGCCCUCCACUCUUCCUGGACUGCGCUUACGAUUGUUUUACUUGGAAAGAACAUGGAGGCCAUUGUGGGAAAGGGGAGAAGCGUCUGGCCCCUUCUGAAACCUUCCUGUCUUACUCUACAGAGUAUCUGUACUGCCAGUACUGUCCUCCCCCUUCUGCAACAGCUGAUUUUUUUUUUUUGUUGUUGUUUUGCUUAGUCAUUUAUUUUCCCUUUUGAAAAGUGUCUUUUCUUUAAUGUUCAUGUAAUAGCUGAAACCUUCGGUGUGCCAAAAUGUGCUGCCUGAAAACGACUGAAUUGGUUGUUGUGGAACUAGCAUUAGAAAAUACUAUCUGACCUGGUCCUCAUGCAUCUUACCACAGCCUUCCUUUCCCCAUCCUUCAUCAGAACUGCAGUGUAAGUAUAAACCAGAGCUCCUUCACACACUGUGAAAGCCCCUGUAGACAAAAGGAAGUGCAAACGAAGACAAGGACCUUCACAUAGCUAAAGGAAGCGUAGCCUCAGGGUUCAUCAUGGGAAGACCUGUACAGGCUCCUACAAUUAUGAGCCUUUGAAAUUGUUCAGCAGUCUUGCCAACUUGUCAGAUAACAGUAAACUGACUGAUUAAGAGAUUAGUCCUCUAAAUCUAGUUUGAUAAGCAGUUCUGCAGAUCAGGUUCUUGGUUUUGUAGUGUCCAAGAUUCAUUGUUCUCAUGUGCAGUUGUCCCAUACAUUAUAAUUUGGUUCAGUGUAAUGUUAUAAUCUGAAUCCUGCAUCUGUAAACUUAUUCAAAGAGCAUGCUAAGCUUGAUAUGUUGUCAUCUUAUUGGUCUAUUGAAUUAUUUUAACACCUUCACUUGGCUUGCCAGUCCAAAAGCAAGAUGUGCAGCUAUGCUGUAUGUAACUGAGUUGUACCUCAUUUAUUAACCAAUAUUUUUAAGGGAAAACUAUUUAUUUUACAGAUCAAGUGGCCAAGAAUUCAGUGGCUAAUUCAUAGUGGAAAAUGUACACUACAUUUUAUUGUUAAUGUUUUAUCAUAUUAUUCAGACAGUGGGCUCAUUUGGCACCACCAGGCAUUGUUCAGCUUUUCAUUUGGUCCUUUUUUCUCCUGUUACACUCAUAACUGUCAGAAGCUCUUGUUUUAGAAUACUUUCUACAUUUGCAAGCUCAUCUUUUAGCUUUUUAGGGGGAGAAUGUUUGUUUGUUUGUUUGUUUGUUGGUUGGUUUGUUUGUUUAAAAAAAAUCAUGCUUAAUGUAAGUCUAUAAUCCAGACAUUUUAUGUGGGUCACUCACAUUGUUAGGGUUUCUUUUGGUUGUGACCACUGCAAUACAAAUCCAUUUGGGGUGAAAAAUAUAUGCUUUAACUGCUUGUGAAGUUAGAGAUGGUUAACAGCACUAAAUGUAAACAAGACUGAGAUGGAGAAGUCACUGAGACCUCUCAGUGAUUGUCUUUUCCCCCUUUCCUAUGCCAUUGCAGCAAUUAAAGUGGCUUACACAUUAAACAUA